UUCAGAAAACAUGAGCUCGAAAAAGCAGCCGAAGCCACCAGCUGUUCGGUUAAAGAAAUUUGAUUCAUUGUACGCAAAGCGUCCCAUCCAAUGUCAACAUUGCAGAGAUUUUAUACUUGGUACCUCCAAUCCACUAAAAGUGUGCCAGGAGUGCCAUGCAGUGUUCCAUCCAAUAUGUGCAUCAUAUGGGCACAUAACAGAUUGUUUUUACUCAAUGUCAGACCAGCAAUAUCAACUUCAAAAAUCUAUGCUGUCUUCAACUCCUGUCAAUAUUUCAACAUGGUCUGCAGAAAUAGUGAGAGAAUGGAUUGCUGCUUCUGAAUCCCACAGAUACUUUUACGUUUUCAAUUCUAAAAAGGAAUUUUUCACUGGUCAAGAUUUGUUAGAACCUGCGCGUCUGAUAUCCUCAUUUCGCGCUGAUGAUCUGCACAAACAGAUGCUCUGUAGCGCAAUCGAUAACGCCCAACACCUUUUCCCUCUGCCGUAUGAUUUCUUGGAACCAAGUACCCCCACGAAAACUUCAAGUUCCAAUAGCCACAGCCACUUGUUCUCCAAAUACGAAUGCUACAGCACAUUCCAAUGCGCAAAAUGCAAUCGGUCUCGGGGAGUGAUGUCGUACGGGGUGAAGUGCCGCAAGUGCGGAAUGAGGUUCCACCGUAUGUGUAGAUUGCUUCCAAAGCUUCCACCGUGUCAGACCAAAACAUGUCCAAAUAGUGAGUACGUUUUUGGACAGGACUUGGCGGACGGAUCGGCUAUGGUGGACAGACCAAUUCCUCUUUUCCUUGAGCUGUGCACGUCUGUAAUUGAGAGCAGAUUACAGAAAACCGACAAAUCCGUCUAUGUUUCUUCUGCAAAAGGCGUCAGACUCCAAGAGCUCUGUACUCAGUAUGGUUUCGAUAAAUUCUAUGAAGGAAAUGGCAAGCCAAUAAAUCAGCCGACCGUGUCGCUCGAGGCAAUUGAAUCUGCCCUGAAAAGUAUCAAAAGUAUAGACGAUCUGGCAGGUUUACUGAAAUCGUAUUUGCGAGAACUUCCUAACCCCGUCAUACCAUUUAACGUUUACGAUGACAUGAUUUCUCUGGCAAAGCAAAGUUUGCCGGAUCAAAGGCCAACAGACGAGUUUGUCCGAUCAGUAGUAGACAAAAUACCGUACCAGCACAGAUUUGCCCUCAGUCACAUCCUGGUACACCUAGAGCACAUCCACGACUUUUUCCAAGGAGCAGAGAGACUGGGAUCACUGUUUGCUGCUUUUGGAACUAUAUUGGUCAGACCACCACCUCAUUCAGUUAGGUCUUUGGCCAAUUGGGAGCGAGGCGUGGACUACCACAGCAUCAUAGUAAAACUUGUGUAUGGUAAUCCCAUGUUCAAAGAUAUCGCUAGAAUCCAGAACAUCCCGAGAAGACUCAGCAUCUCUUCAACCUCGGUCCCUGCAUCCAGCGGAAGUGGAAUAUCCUCCCAAUCCCAACCGGCAGUGGCGCAAAUGGACUCGGACAGUACCAGCGGAAGUCAAACUACACAAUCGUCAGAUGUCUACAUAGAGUUCAAAUCUUGGGACGGGCAAGAUCCUUCGCUAGAACCCUUGCCCUCUAUGUCCGAUGGACACCGUAAUUAUGAGCGAAUGAAGGCCCGAAUUGAUAUUUGCGAGCUCCCUUUUUACUGGAAAGAUAUCAGCAAAGACCAGGAAAAGUUGCUGAUGGAGAACGAAUCAAUUGGGAACUUCAUAUUGCGGAAGUCUAGUAGUGAUCCUGCAGCUUUCACGCUAGUCGUGAAAAGUUAUGAUUUCAACUACAUGGUGCAGAUUCGAAAUUAUUUCAAACCCAGGGAGGGCUGGGGCAUAGCAGCGUAUGCUCCUAAGUUUCCUUACAUUGCAGACUUGAUUCAACAUUACCAGUCGCAUGAUUUGUCGACUAGUCCCUAUCUGCAUUCGACGUCCUCAAUGAAUGGAGAAGACGUUUCCAGGGGAUCGGUCGAGUCUCUGAACUCUUCGCAGAAUAAACAUUCGUAUAUCAGAUUGCGAGAAUCUGUCAAUAGAGACCUUCGGGAGGACCCUAGUCUAACAAAAGAGAAACUAGUCAAUGACUCGAUGGAAGUGGAUGAAUACGAGAGAAGAAUUGUGCACCUGAAGAGAGAUCUCUCUUUUAUCAAGGACAACGAGAUACCCCAUUUUGCGAAGAGGAAAGAGGCUUUGGGCAAACUGAGCAAACAGCUCGAGAGCCAGUUGAACUUGUUGGCUGCUGGAUCCAGAAACCUGAAAGCUGAGGACAAGAGAAAGCUAUCCAUAUCAGAGGACAUGCUCAAACGAAGACUAGAUGUCGCGCAAAACAUGAUCGAAGAGUGUGAAUCGAAACUAGACAUUCUGCACAACAAAAAACGCUCCGUCGAAACCGAUCUGCACAAGAGCUCCACAAUCCUUUCGGCCGAGAUCCGACAGCAGACGAAGCGGCGAAUUACUCUCGAGUUGUUCGGGAUCGCGUAUGAAGAUGACAUCCUAACGGAAAAACAAUUAUUUAAUAGAGAAAAGCCGGCGCUGUGGUUUUAUGAGAAAUCAGUUACUAGAGAUAUUGCUACUAAGAUGUUUGAGUUGUGUAGGGAGCACGGACAGAUGACUAAUGGUACUUUCUUAGUCAGGAAAAGCAGGGAAGGAGGAUACGCCAUAUCAGUGUGGGUGAACGGAGAAGUGAUGCACCUGAAACUACAGUACGAGGAGAAGAAAUACGGCUUCGCCUACCCCUACAUCAACUACAGUUCCCCCACUGACUUGGUGGUGGCCUAUACGGAGACAUCUCUGGUGAUGCACAACCACAACUUGGACACCACCCUCACAAUACCAAUCGGCCAGAUCAUAGAAGACAGUCCCAUUAUAAAGGCCAAAAUCACAGAACUAUUCAGAUAAAAAUAGACAGGACAACAUAACUAACCACCUGUUCUGUUUUCAAAGCUAGAGGCGCAAACUGAACAGUGUUAUUGUGUACUCAGAAAUUAGUCCAAUCAUGAAAUCAGAGGUCACAGAAAUUUUCGAGGAAAAGUCAGAGUAAACGCUGAUCUGAAACUUUAACCUCAUAAUCUCUUUUCUAUCAGUGUUAAAAUUUCGCCUUGUUUAGUUGCUGUGCUUUUUCGAGUACAAAAUUUUGAAUUGGAAAUAUUUUGGUAGGUUCGAAAAGAUGGAAAAAUCUCCAGCCGAAAGUUGGAGUUUUUUCUUUGCCACUAAUUACCUUAGCAGUGAUGAUGCUGAAAAAAUCCAGCCAUCAAGUUCAGCGUGGUAAAUAUUUGGUAUUUUGUGCUAUUCGUCAAUUGACGUGACAAUGCCUAAACAGUUCGUUUGUCUCUGGAAAUUUAAGCUAUUUAAACUAUACUGAAUUGAAUAUGCCUUUGUGGAUGCUUUUGAAAAUCUGUCAUGAAAUGAAUCGAGGCUUUAUUAUUAUUAUCUGUUCUCGCGAAAGUAAUGAUGAUGUCCUGAACAUGAACUGCUAUCACUUGAACAUUGGUGCUACAAAUUGUUUCUUUUCUAUCUAUGAUAUUAUUUAUCUUCUAUCCAAUAUACGUAAUGAGAUCUCUUUUCCCUGAUUUCAAUGAUUUUUAAUGUACUUUGA